AUGAGUUCAGGAUUGAAUGCAUCUGGCAAAGAUAGCUCUAAAGACAGCAUUGAUGAUGAGAUAGAAGGACCGUAUAGUGAUAUUAUGGCAUUAUCAAGAGUAAAUACCGACAUGAACCUUGAGCAAUUGGCAGCUACUCCAUCCAAAGUUGACAGUACCAAUUCUACAGAUGCUACUGGCAUCAUUAAUGUUGUGCAAGCUACCAUCAACACUAGUGAUUUAGAUGAGGAGGGGAGAAUGAUUAUAGACAAGCUGUAUCAAAUACCCAAGUUUGAGCCAUUUUUAAGAUCAUCUCUGGUACAAGACCAGCCAUUCAAAUGGGCCAGUUUGUUUGGAUCUUUGGCUGCUCGUAAACACUCUGGGUCAAUUCACCCUAGUUUGACAAUCAGUCCAGAACCCUUUAUCAAGAUUGCACAUGCAUUUCAAAGACAUUUAUGUCAAUCUUCAUCUGAACUAUGUAAAGAUCAGAAACGGUUGGAAAACAACAUACUCAAGCUGGAUCAAUUUUCUGCUAUGGUGGCCAAUACUAUUGCGCAGCGGUAUGUUCAUAUAAGAUCUGCAGUAGAUCAAUUUACUCAAGGUAACUACACCAUGUUGGAUUGCCUGGUUAGUUUGGUUUGUAUACCUUGACAUUCAGCUAUAUUUAGCUGAUUUGGAGUUUGAUGGAAUUCAACAACCCAACUAUCAUUUAUAGUAAGCAACGUGCGGAGUCAAAGUCGCAAAACCUUGCAAAUUCUAGAUCGACUAGUCAAAUCUAUAUCAGCACUUGAUCCUCAUCUCCCACCCGAUCUUCGACUUAAAAGUCCGAAAACCAGUGCACUUUUCCCUACCCUAUCCAGAAUGAUGCAACACCGCACUCGACAGGAAGCCGAGCGCAUACAACGGCAAACUCAGAUCUACGAGGUGCCAACACAGCCAGACACCACCAGUCUCGAUGCAUCGGUUACUGAAGACGAUACCACUACCAAGUCUACUCAGCACGAAGAGUUACAAUAAAUAGUCUUCAUUAAGCAGCACAUGCACCAAUUCCAAAAAGUAAUCUGAUGUGAACUCAACGUGUCAUUCAGUUUGUAAAAUAGCUUAUUAGAUUGCAGUUGCUCAAGCAACGAUGGUAUCUUUGAAAAGAUAAAGGCG